UAUUUCAAACAAACAGGAGCAUAAAAGCUAAGCCAGCUUUGAGAGCUAAGCCCGCUUGAAGACAUCCAAAGUGAUGAGCUGCAAUUCAUCGAAGAGUAUGAAUCGUUAAAUGAGUUUGCACCUAACGAAGAAGUCUACACAAUCAAAUUUUGCAGAAAAAAACGUUCUUUAACCAUAGAAACUACAAAUCACAAUUCAAGUAAUGAAGCUGAUAAAGAGAAUAUAAAUGGCGAAAAUGGGGAAAACCUAUGUGAUCGAUGCCCUGUUCUUACACUGGAAGAAGAAAGCUAAGCUGGAAGAAGAAAACUCUGAAUUAGUGCAGCCAGUUCAGUUAAAAGAACAGACCCCUGGGUUAAGCAGUGCAGUGAACUAUUGUAUUAAGUAUCGCUGCACUGUUCGAAAAGAAACAGUGGCAUCUGAUAUCAUUUCCGUUUCUAAAAGAACGUUUCAAUAUACACUUCUUAAACUAAUGCAGUCAGUGCAGAAGAAAAGAACAAACCUACAGUUAGAAAGCACCGGGUUCUAUACUGUAGCUGCGUUCCGAUUCAGUACUGAAUAUCUAUAAUAUACGUUACCUGAAUUAUAUUUCAGUACUGGUAGUGAAUAUUGGAACGCAGCCUGUGUUACAUAGUAUCGCCUGUGUAUGUGAAAGCACCCAACACCUCUUUAUUAGCUCUUACUUAAGAACCAAUCACAGAGAGGCUGGUCAUAUGACUGUCUUGCCAUCUUUUUCUUAUACUUGAAGUUCCUGUACUGCGCAUCUACCUCGCGCAGACAUUACUUGUAUGUGGGAGCGUCCCGUUUGAUCACGUCUCGAUUGAUCACACCAUUAACAGGAGCCGGUGCCUAAAAUUUUUCCACUAUUCAAGCGCUGUGAAUGGUUAGUGAUCAAUCGGGACGUGGUCAAACGGAUGCCACCCCUUGUAUGUACAUAAAACUAUAAUUCCAUGCAGCGAAGCUAGCUUUUACCCCCACUCCACCUCAAUGAAAAGUAGCGUUGAAACGCUAUCGCUUAUCGCCUCCUUCCUUUUUAUGAAGCGAAGCAAAGCUAGCAUUUUAUCCCCUCCAUCUCAAUGCAAAGCAGCGUAAAAAUUGACUUUGCUCCGAUAUCUAUUUAUCUAGUUUCCACUGAUGUCUUAAUUCGCUCCUAAUACGAUGUAGAAUCAGAUUUGAGUCGAUGGAAACGCGACAAAUUGUGCUCAUUUCAAUCCCGCUUCGAUCCACAAAUCUUUACUUCCGAUGGAAACAGCAUCUUAAAUUUGAUCCAUAUCAAAGUGGAAUCAAAUUGAAGACUUCGGAAACUAAACUAUUGAAUUAUAAUAGUCAGUACAUCAAAUAAUAGAGCAAUAUAAACGUAUAAUGGCACAGUUGCAGUAGAGAUUAGGAGACGACACAUAAUUGCUGCACUGGUUAUGAAUACAUUUAUUAUAUAUAUUCAGUUUCUCAGUA